AUGUACAGUUUAAGCGCUUUUAUCCUCCUAGGGGGAGUCCUGGGGCUCUAUGUCCUGUUGAAGUCAAAGGCGUCACGAGCCCCUCUGCCUCCAGGCCCCAAAGGACUGCCCAUUAUCGGCAAUAUUGGUAGCGAUCUUCCGCGCGGCGGGAAAGACUGGGAGCAUUGGCUGAAACACAAGGAUUUGUAUGGGCCCAUUAGUUCGAUCACGACGGCGGGGCAUACCCUCAUCAUCCUAAACGGCGCCAAUGUGGCAAUGGAACUGCUGGAGAAGCGAUCGGCACGAUACUCAGCUCGACCGAGAUUGGUGAUGGCCCAUGAGCUUUCUGGAGCCGACAUCUUUGUCACCAUGCAUACUGAAAACGCUCUCGUUCAUGAACAACGAAAACGCAUACUCUCACAGCUGCGCUCGGAACGCGCGUUAUUAUCGCUUUACCCGCAGGUGGAUACGGUGGUCCGACGCUUCCUGCUGCGGACGUUGCAAAAACCAGAGGAGUUAAUGGAUCAUAUCAAAACAGGAAUCGGAGGAGUUAUACUAAAGAUCGCAUACGGUUAUACCGCCGGGUUUCAUGGUCGGGAUCCCCUCAUCGAUCUCGUGGAAAACACAUCUUUUGCAUUCGGCAUAAUAAACCAGCCAGCAGGUUGGCUGGUGGAUAGCAUUCCCGCCCUGAAGUACAUGCCGAGUUGGUUUCCGGGGGCAGGGUUUAAGAAAAAAGCCAGGGAGUAUCGACGCGGAUUUCACACAUUGGCUAAUUGGCCGUUCGCCUUUGCUCGACAUCAGAUGAAGGAGGACAAGUAUGAACCUUCAUUCGUUUCCAGACAGAUUGAGCAGACAGGCUCGACACUUAGUCCCGAAGAGGAGCUGAAGAUCAAACGCUCGGCAGCUGCGGUCUUCCAGGCCGGCUAUGAUACGACGGCAUCUACCAUCACAUCCUUCUUUUUGGCAAUGGCGCUGUUUCCUGACGCACAGCAAAAGGCCCAGGAGGAAAUCGACCGAGUCAUAGGAGCGAGGCUCCCUACGCCUGAAGAUCGGGUGAAAUUACCCUAUGUUAAUGCACUUAUCAACGAGGUCCUACGCUGGAACCCAGUGGUUCAGAUAGGCAUCAUGCACGCAGCCACAGAAGAUGACAUUUACGAGGGCUACCUGAUCCCCAAGGGGGCCCCGAUCGUCCCCAAUAUUUGGGCAUUUGCGCACGAUCCAGAGGUAUACUCUGAUCCCAUGUCGUUCCGGCCCGAGCGCUUUUUGGCAUCGGACGGACACACCCCAGAACGUGAUCCGCACACGCUGGUCUUCGGAUUUGGACGCCGGAUUUGCCCCGGCCGUCCGCUGGCGGACUUCAAUAACUUUCUCACGAUCGCACGGUCACUCGCGGUCUUUCGUAUUCGAAAGGCCAUGAAAGAUGGCAAGGAGAUCGACCCCAUCGUAGAUAUCAGGAGGGGAUCGUCGGUCACCUAUCACCGUUCCAAGUGA